UCUUUCUUCUUCUUCUUCACCCCUUUUCCUCUCGUUUCCUUCCAUUUCCCUUUCAGUAAUUAGUUUUUCUAUAUUUCAAUUUCCCUUCACAUGACUUCCUUAAUUCCUCUCUCUCUCCACCCUCCUUUUCUCCUUCACAAUUCACAUUCCUUUCCUUCCAAGCCUUCCUCUCUCUCUUCUUCCCCUUCCAAACUCUUCCUCUGCUUCUCUUCUUCUUCUUCACCAAAUUCUUCAAAUUUCGACCGCGAAGAAGCCAGGUGGCUUCGCGAAGAACAACGCUGGCUCCGAGAAGAGCAACGCUGGCUAAGAGAAGAGCAGCGUUGGCUAACCGAGAAAGAAUCGCUACUCCGACAAAUCUCCCAACUCAAGCUUCAAAUCCAAGCCUUAGAGAACCAGAAUUCAGUUCAAGGAGCUUCGGUUUCGGAGAUGAUUUCGAAUAUCGGAGCUUUACUGCAGGUGUUGAAAGAGAAGAAUCGGAUUGCCGAAAGCGGAGAAAGCGCGAGAGAGAUGGUUUUGGAAGAAGUAAAAGAGAAAGAGGUGGUUGUGGCGGAAGGAGUUAGGGUUGUGGAGAGGAAGGAAAAAGAGGAGGAAAAGAAGAUAGAAAGGAAAGCUUUGAGAGUAGGCAGCGAAGGAGAGCAAGUUCGAGAAAUGCAGGAUGCGUUACAAAAAUUGGGGUUUUACUCGGGUGAGGAGGACAUGGAAUUUUCCUGCUUCUCCAGUGGGACUGAGCGUGCCGUCAAAACUUGGCAAGCAACAGUAGGUGCCCGUGAAGAUGGAAUAAUGACUGCAGAACUUUUUCAAAGGUUGUUUGGGGAACAGCAAAUCAAGAGUUCUGCUUCAAGCAGUAUGGCAGAUCAUGAAAUAGCCCCUUUCAUUAUUCCGGAGAAGGAGGGGACCAAUGGAGCUGCAAUUGCUUCCUUGACAGAAAUCUCAGAAAUACAACAGAAAGCUGUGAAAGAGGAAGGUUUCAUAGAAACUGAGGUAUCCCAACAUCGAGUAUUUCUUCUUGGAGAAAAUCGGUGGGAAGAACCCUCUAGGCUUUCUGGCAGGGAUAAACAAGUUAGGGAAAGUAAAAACAAGGAUACUGCAACAAAGUGCCAUGCUUGUCGGGGAGAGGGCCGGUUAUUGUGUACAGAAUGUGAUGGAACGGGCGAACCUAAUGUCGAACCACAGUUUUUAGAAUGGGUGGAUGAGGGACCUAACUGUCCAUACUGUGACGGCCAUGGCUAUACGGUUUGUGAUGUAUGCCAAGGAAAAGCAGUGGUUUAGGUAUCAUAAUGUUCAUUUAACACGCUUUAAGUUACAUGGAAGUAAGUUGCCUGACCUCUAUUGUCUCUGUGUUCACAUCUUGCUUUACAUGAAGUAAUUAUCCAAGUAUACGAAUAAAGUAUAAUUCUUGAUGUUUCAGAAACUCCUACAUUAUCAUGAGAUUCAUUUUUAUUUUGGACAAAUCCCAUACGAUUAUUUAGUGCCUGUUUGGGAGCAGGAGGCACUGUGAUGGGAUGAGCUUCCCGUUGCAUUAGCCCCCAAUAAAUUUGGGGGCCAUGCAGAAGAGUUUUAUUGGGGCCCAUGCAGCGAGGAACUCUUCCGAUUGCACUGCUCUAUGCUCCCAAAUGUGGCUUUGAUGUGCAUUUAAGUACUUCAUAACCGUUUUCUUCCUUUUUUCCCUUCAAAGAAAAUUCCUUUCCAGGUUAGCAUAUGAAACUUGUAAUGUGGUGCACUUGCAAAUUAUUACUGGCUGAAUUUUAGCAAGCAACAAGCAUCGGCUGAACCCAAUUUAUCAAUUUGGAUACGGUCUAAACCGUGUAAUUUAACCAAAAAUUAUCAAAAUUGAACAAACCGAAUUGACUUGUCGAAUUCAAUCAAUCUCAGUGGGUUUAAGUCAGUUAAAACUGUGACCCAUGCUUACCUCACCCUUAACAGGAA